CAGAGUCUCCCAAACGUUGUUGGGGUUGCUAGGCAACGCCCCAAGAUUACAUCACUCACACAAGCUGAGCUGCCCGCAAUGUCAUCUCUGCACGGUUACAGCACUUCUGUGGAGAGGACUUCUCCACCCAGGUGAACUCUUCAUCCCUCAGCUCUCCAACGGGUCGAGGCUCCAUGGCUGCACCCUCGCUGCACCCGUCCCUGGGUCCAGGAAUUGGCUCUCCACUGGGCUCCCCUGGGCAGCUGCACUCACCUAUCAGCACCCUGAGCUCUCCCAUCAAUGGCAUGGGUCCACCCUUCUCUGUCAUCAGCUCCCCUAUGGGCCCGCACUCCAUGUCGGUACCCACCACACCCACCCUGGGCUUCGGGACUGGUAGCCCCCAGCUCAACUCACCCAUGAACCCCGUGAGCAGCAGUGAGGACAUCAAGCCCCCAUUGGGCCUCAAUGGCGUCCUCAAGGUUCCUGCCCAUCCCUCAGGAAAUAUGGCAUCCUUCACCAAGCACAUCUGUGCUAUCUGUGGGGACCGCUCCUCAGGCAAGCACUAUGGGGUUUACAGCUGCGAGGGCUGCAAGGGCUUCUUCAAGAGGACAGUCCGCAAAGACCUGACCUACACCUGCCGAGACAACAAGGACUGCCUGAUCGACAAGAGGCAGAGGAACCGGUGUCAGUACUGCCGCUAUCAGAAGUGCCUGGCCAUGGGCAUGAAGCGGGAAGCUGUGCAGGAGGAGCGGCAGAGAGGCAAGGACCGGAAUGAGAAUGAGGUGGAGUCCACCAGCAGUGCCAAUGAGGACAUGCCCGUGGAGAAGAUUCUGGAAGCCGAGCUUGCUGUUGAGCCCAAGACUGAGACAUACGUGGAGGCAAACAUGGGCCUGAACCCCAGCUCACCAAAUGACCCUGUUACCAACAUCUGUCAAGCGGCAGACAAGCAGCUCUUCACUCUUGUGGAGUGGGCCAAGAGGAUCCCGCACUUCUCUGAGCUGCCUCUGGACGACCAGGUCAUCCUGCUACGGGCGGGCUGGAACGAGUUGCUUAUUGCCUCCUUCUCCCACCGCUCCAUAGCUGUGAAAGACGGGAUCCUCCUUGCCACUGGCCUGCACGUACAUCGGAACAGUGCUCACAGUGCUGGGGUGGGCGCCAUCUUUGACAGGGUGCUAACAGAGCUGGUGUCUAAGAUGCGUGACAUGCAGAUGGACAAGACGGAGCUGGGCUGCCUGCGUGCCAUCGUCCUCUUCAACCCCGACUCCAAGGGGCUUUCAAACCCUGCCGAGGUGGAGGCGCUGAGGGAGAAGGUGUACGCAUCACUAGAGGCAUAUUGCAAACACAAGUAUCCGGAGCAGCCCGGCAGGUUCGCCAAGCUGCUGCUCCGCCUGCCUGCACUGCGCUCCAUCGGGCUCAAGUGCCUGGAGCACCUGUUCUUCUUCAAGCUCAUCGGGGACACGCCCAUUGACACCUUCCUCAUGGAGAUGCUGGAGGCCCCGCAUCAAACCACCUAGGCCCCUGCCACCCGUGCGCCGGUCCUGCGCCCUGCCUGGACACAGCUGCUCAGCUCCAGCCCUGCCCCUGCCCUUUCUGCUGGCCCACGUGGACCUUUGGGGUGCAGUGUCCUGUGGUCUCAAAAGAUGCAUCACCAUCCUCGUCAUCUUUAUUACUGCUUGCCUUUGGCCCAGGGCCAUGGCCAGAGCUGGUUGAGACCGAGCCAGCCCCCUUCCCCACAACAUGCUCUUAGGCUACCCUGCUGUCACCCUGAGGGGCUUGGGGUGCUUCUGGGGAUCUUUGUCACCUAGAGCCACAAGAGCUGGGAGAAGGUCUUGUUCUAGUUGCUGUUUGCUGUCGCUGGUUCUCGACAUGCCCAUGUGGCACCUCUGCUUGGAGUGGCCCAUCUUUGCCUGUUCAGAGUCCUAGUACCUAGGUAGGGUGGGAAGACACCUAGGGUCAAGAAGGAACAGGUAGGGGCAGGUCCUACCCCCCUGGGUCAUAGCUAACCUGUAAAGCCUGUUUCCAAAGAUAUCCUGAGAUGUCACCACAGCCACUGUGCAGGAUUCUGGGACCACCUCAAGGCUACAUGGGCUGGAGGUCCCCUGUUGUGUCCGCCCAGUUCCUUCUUGUCUCACUGUCCCCCACCAUAUGUCUCAUCAACCCAGGUUAUCCGACUGUGGUGGCCUGGCUUUUCCCCUAUUCCAGAUCUUCCUUUGUGGUCUGCCAAGGAUCAUCCUGGAGGGCUACCCUUGGCUCAAGUAGAAUGGGGUUUCCAACUCAGUGGUCCUAUGGGCAACAUGUGGGCAAUCUAUCCUUUUGCUGGCCUCUUGUAGGACACUGGGCAUCCUGAGGCUCAGGGAAGGGAGGAGUGUUGUAGUCUAGUUUCCUGAAAGAGGGCCAGAGGGACUUGGGGGUGCAGACAUGAAAGGUGACUGUGUCCUGGUGUAGUUGACAUGCCAGGCUCUGAGUGGAAUUCUCGCAUGGGCCCCUUCUUGGCCUGGCCACUUGUGUUAGGAAUGCUGAUAGGCCUUUCUGGGACUCCUCUUGGUAUGGUGUUGUCUGUGGACAGUGUCCAGAAUCUUACCCAAGGGCUCUGUCACACCUGCUCAGGUGGCAGGCUGUGGACUUAGGCUUCUGCUCUGUCCAUGUGGCUCACCUCAGGCUCUGAGUGUGCCUCUCCAAUUGAACAGCCUAGAGCCUCUCUGGGUCCCAGUCUUCAUGAUCUAGUCUGAGACCCAGGAACCCAGGUUUGUCAGGAGCAGGUGCCUUAGUGGGGAUGACCACAUUGCCUCCCCAACAGCUGGUCUCCCAUUGGUGCAGAGCGGUGGAAGGGGAAGGCCCUCAUGGAACCAGCCAUCUAGGGGGUUGGGCCUGGAGGUAAUGGAUGGGAGGAGCCAGUUUCAUAGGCUCUAUGAGGAAGGACCUUUUCAAAGUCCCCAACCAUAGCCAGCUGAGGCGCCUGUAAAAGAUUCCAGAAACAUCUUCCCUGUACCCCCUCUCUCCAUGUGGUGGCCUGAGAGAUGUGCACCGGAGGUCUUGCAGUUCCCAGGACCAGCCAGCUGCCCCUUCUCCUAGGCUUUCCUAGAAACGCUAUGCAGCCUUUGGGGAAUGGCAGAACCAGGCAGAGGGGUAUAGAUUCCCCUGUCCACACCUAGCACCGUGCCUUCUGCAGACCACUGCUCCCAUUGUUCAUGCCGGCCUCGUUAUACGCUGUGCUCUGUGUUCUGUGCCACUGAGGAUGGUCAGUGGCUCCGGUGGAGAAAGUCCUGGGGCUGACUCUGGAAUGCUGCCAUGUCUGGGCUUGGCUGGCUCUCAGGCACUUGGGGCCAUGGCCCCUAGCCCCGCUGGCCCACAUAGCCUUACCUGCCACUGCUUGUCAUCGUAGACUCCCUGGCAGGCUUCCUGUUCCUUUAGCCUCAUUGUCACCAUCAUGGUGUGUACAGUGCUGUUUGUUUGCAGGGGAGGUGUGGACGUGAUGUCACUAAGGAGAGAAUUGGGUUCAUUUAACUAGACCUUUAGUUGUGUUACCAAUCUGGCUCAAUUAAGGUGAUUGUAAUUAUUAUUGUUGUUAUUAUUUUGGUGGGACAAUCUUUAAUUUUCUAAAGAUAGCACUAAUGUCAGCUCAUUGGCCACCCCGCACCCAUCCCCACCUCAGCCUGGUUGGAUAACAGCUGCCACCGGUGGUCAUAUGAUAUCCAUACUGCUGCUUCUGGGCCAUCGUCCUCAUCUGUCACCUCCCUGCUUGGAGAUUCAUUUGGCCUCCUAUGGCUCUGCAGGCAGUAUGAGCACAGAGCCGGUGGCCGCUCUGGCCUGUGUCACCCGGAAACCGCAGUCACUGAGGGGAUUUGGCCCCCACACCCUCAGUUUUCCAAAUUCCAGCAUCCCCGAGGAUACUAGGCUAGGCUGUUUGGUGACAAUGCCAAGGGACACCUGAGCCCCCUCCCCUGGGACCCCAGAAGACCUGGCCGGAGCAGGCAACCAGUGACUAAUCAGUUGCUGUCACCAUCACAGGAUUGGGGCUUGUGACCUGGUCCCCACACACACAGGUGUGUUGUGAACACGGAUGUGCUGUACAGAGACUGCAGAAAUUGCACACCAGUGACAGGAGAUACGGCACAGUUACCGAUGUUUUAUGUUCUCUUAAAUCAAGACUUUCCUGUUUUCCUGUACAUUUGCUUCUUGUGAGCAAGGACCUGAGGUCCCCUUCUGUCGGGGCAGUCAGGCUCUGGUGACUCUGGAGGCAGGGGAUGCAUCUAUUUUCAGAUGCUGCAGGGCUGGAGUGCCCUGAUCUCUAGCCAUGCCUUAGCUGGGAUGUGCGGCCACUGUGGGGAGGAUGCCGCGUCCGCAGGGAGUAAAGAUGGAGGAAUGUUUAACGCACCGGGAAGGGUAAAUGAAUCUAUUUUUGUACAAAUGUAAUUUUAUCCCUCAUGUAAACUGGAUGGCAUGGCGGGGGACCUGUUUUGUUUCUGCUUUGAGUGUCGAGAAGCGUUGGGACACCUGGACGCUGAGAUAGCAGAGGAGGCCCUUACAAGGAGGCUGAACAUCGUGAGAACAGCCUAGACAGACACUUCCUUUGAUGGGAGGGAGGGCCACAACCAGCAGGGUUUCCUUCCCCUUCUUGGCGAUUUGAACAACCUUGCUCUCUCCUCGGUGCCUGCCUGCCGGCCUCGCUGCAACUCGCCUGACUGUGAAAUGACUUCCCUGCGUAACUGCUCUCUGGGACAUUGUGGCGCAGACGCUGGGGGUUGAUGAACAGCAGUCUCAGGAUUGUAGAAAAGAAACAGAAAAACAUUGAGAGGAGAGACAAAUAUGAGCGUUUCAAAAUAUAUCUCCAUUCGGUUCUCA